AUGGAUGAGCGCGAGCGUCCAUCGGCGAGCGCUUCGAGCAGGGCACCGAAUGGUCAUCGUGCCAUCUGGAAGAUCAUAUGGGGGUGCCCUGCUCCCCCAAAGGUACGCGUCUUUGCAUGGCGGCUUGUGUCAAACUCCCUAGCUACAUGGGCAAAUAAAUUCUCUCGUCACAUUGAGCUCACCGAUGUUUGCCCUAUCUGUGGUGUGGAACAAGAGGACGGGUUCCACACGAUGUGCAGGUGCCCACUGGCGAAGAACCUCUGGCAUGCAAUGGCGAGGGAUUGGCCACUUCCGAAGAUCGAGGAGAUCAGAAACACAGGGCCGGAAUGGCUCUUUUCUCUGCUGGAACCACUCUCGGACAUGAUCCGCAUGGUCGUCUUGAUGACUAUGUGGCGCGCUUGGCACGUCCGCAACGAGCUGACACAUGGAAAAGAAGCACCACGAACGGAAGCGUCACGGUGUUUUCUCCAUGGCUACAUCAGCUCGUUGGUGUGCAUCCAACAGCACCCGCAUGGCAGUCUUGAAAAAGGAAAGAUGGUGCUGCACCUACCAGCUACAAAGUCUGAAGGGGUGUUUCCAACAAAACAGCAGGAACGUGAGGAGUUGAGCUGGGCACGGCUGCCUGCUGGCUGGGCAAAAUUGAAUACGGAUGGAAGCUUUGUGAUGGAGACAGGAGAAGCUGGGGGAGGAAUGGUCCUCUGGGACGACACCGGCGCUAUAAUUUACACAACAUGCAGGGAGAUUUUCGCAUGUGAUAUUGGCUUGGAGGCAAAGCUCCUGGCGUGUAGAGAAGGUGUCGAGCUCGCGCUGCACAGAACCCAGCUCCCCUUUGUAGAGCUUGACUGUGCAGAGGCGGUAAUGAUGAUCAAGAGUCCCAUGCAGAAUCGCUCGAAGUAUACGGCACUGGUACAGGACAUCAAAGGAAUGAUUGCUGAGAGUAUGAGGGAGAUAGUGUUCGCUCACAUUAGUCGCUCACAGAAUAAGGUCGCUCAUGGCCUUGCUGCCUACGGUAGAUGCACACCUCGCACCGCGGUGUGGUGUGGGUUUGGGGACAAAUGA